CCACUUUGAACUGAUAGGGCAUUGACGAGGUCCCAGUAGUAAUCUGGUGCAGGGUUCCUUUCGGCCCUCAUUUAUAUACUCGUGCUCUUGUCUCACCUUGAAUCAUGCUUGUUCACUUCUCAGUCUUGUUGUUCUUGUGCCUUCCGAUCUCGUCCCCGGCCCUCAUGCCGCAUCGGCCCCAUUUGCUCCCGGCCAUCCAUCCCAUCACCUGAAUCUACAGUCCCUCGGUCGCAGUCCUCUUUCCUGGCACAAUAGCAAACUCCCUAACACCCGAAGCCCCGUCCGCAACGGACUUCCUCCGCCCGCCAUGUCGACCACCGACGAGAGCAGCGGCAAUGCCGGCACUAACUCAGCCGACGAUAACUUGAACCUGCCGUUCAAUGCAGGCGACCAGGCCUUCAUCAUCGUGGCCUCGGCCAUGGUCUUGCUUAUGAUACCGGGCAUCGCUUUCCUGUACUCGGGUCUCGCACGGAGAAAAUCGGCGCUCUCGCUCAUCUGGGUCGUCAUGAUGUCCUUCAGCGUCAUCGUCUUCCAGUGGUACUUCUGGGGGUACUCGCUCGCACUCAGCAGCACGGCGACCAACGGUUUCAUCGGGAAUCUCGACAAGUUUGGGCUGAGGAAUACGCUGGGUGACCCGUCGCCCGGCUCGCCGCUUAUUCCAGAACUCCUGUAUUCUUUCUAUCAGAUGCAAUUCUGCGCCGUCACUGCCGCCCUGGUUGUCGGAGCGACCGCCGAGCGUGGCCGCGUCGUCCCCGCCAUGGUCUUUACCUUCUUCUGGGCCACGCUGGUCUACUGCCCGGUCGCGUAUUGGGCCUGGGGCGCGAACGGGUGGGGGUUCAAGUACGGCGUGCUCGACUAUGCCGGCGGUGGACCUGUCGAGAUUGGAUCCGGUUGCUCGGCGCUGGCGUAUUCCUGGGUACUCGGUCGCCGCAACGAGAAGAUGAUGCUCAACUUCCGCCCGCACAACAUUUCGCUGAUCACGCUCGGCACUAUCCUGCUGUGGUUUGGCUGGUUGGGAUUCAACGGCGGUUCGGCGUUCGGAGCCAACCUGCGUGCCACGAUGGCUUGCUGGAACAGCUGCCUCACGGCCAUGUUUGCCGCCAUGACUUGGUGUCUGCUCGAUUUCCGUCUCGCGAAGAAGUGGUCGCUGGUUGGCUGGUGUUCCGGCACCAUUUCCGGCCUCGUGGCAGCCACCCCGGCCUCGGGUGUGAUCACCCCCUGGGCAAGCAUCAUUCUGGGCGUCGUCGCGGGUAUUGCCUGCAACUUCGGCACCAAAGUCAAAUUCAUCAUUGGCAUGGACGACGCACUCGAUGUCUUUGCGGAACACGCCAUCGGUGGGAUGGUCGGGCUCGUCUUCAACGGCUUCUUCGCGGCUGACUACAUCAUCGGCCUCGACGGUGUCAACAUGGAGGCCACGGGUGGGUUCCUCAACCACAACUGGCGCCAGCUUUACGUUCAGAUCGCCUACGUCGUGGCCGCGACCGCGUAUACUUUCGUUGUGUCCGCCGCCAUUGCGAAGGUGAUCGACCUCAUCCCCGGGCUUCACCUGCGUGCAACAUCCGAGGCGGAGCUGCUCGGUAUGGACGACGAUCAGCACGGCGAGUUUGCUUACGACUACGUCGAGGUCCGUCGUGACUACCUGGCCUGGACGCCCGCUGAGAGGGAACCCAAGGAAGACGGCGUGGUUGUGAUCCCUCAACAUGGCAUCGAGGGGCACCAACACCUUGUCGACAACGCCCGCCUCCGCGCCCCGAACAGUUCCAAGGGUGGGAGUAGUAGUGGCGCUGUUACGCCGCCGCUGGAGAGGGAGCCGGAGCACUCCUUGGCGAAGAGCCCAUCAGAUUUGCCGGCGGUGAACGAGAAGCCGGAUGAGCCUACACAAUAACAUAUUACCCGCUUUUAAUACUGCGUGCUUGGUUGGCUUGGGUCGGUUAGCGCUGUUUUGGUUCUGGUCGUUUGGGAUUUCUGGGUUUUGCUUGGGCUAGGUUAUGUUUGCCUGAGAAGCAAAAAAUGCGGUCAUGGUUUCGGGAUACAAGAUGGUACGAGUCGUCUUUUGACGCACGAGUCAUCCGGGGGC